AUGGCAGGCGGUCCCGCACCUACAGGUCCUUCGGCCUCGCCUUUGGGCCAGGCUUGGGGUUAUGGCAUUGUGCUUGGUCUUGGAUUCUUGUUCGCACUUGGCAUGGUCUUCACUACAUGGGUCUUGAGACGAUACAACAAUGAGUUGCAGACUUCUGAGAUGUUCUCGACGGCCGGUCGUACGGUCAAGUCUGGUCUUGUCGCCAGUGCUGUUGUGUCUUCGUGGACCUGGGCUGCGACUCUGUUGCAGUCAAGCAGCGUGGCUUUUCGAUACGGUGUCUCUGGCCCCCUGUGGUAUGCUGCUGGUGCUACCGUGCAGAUUUUGCUGUUUGCGACGGUUGCUAUCGAGCUGAAGAGAAGAGCACCCAACGCCCAUACCUUCCUUGAGGCAGUCCGUGCCCGCUAUGGAACAGCCACACAUUUCGUGUACAUCACUUUCGGCUUGUUCACCAACAUCCUUGUUACAGCUAUGCUGCUUACUGGUGGCUCCGCUGUUGUGACGUCUUUGACCGGAGUUCCUACUGCAGCUGCUUGCUUCCUGCUCCCAGUUGGCGUUGUUAUUUACACCAUGUUUGGUGGCAUCAAGGCCACUUUCCUUACCGACUAUGUCCACACUGUUAUCUUGCUCGUCAUCAUCCUGACCUUCGCAUUCACCACCUAUGCGACCGGAAACAGGCUAGGCUCUCCACGAGCUGUGUACGAUGCACUGCAAGAUCUCUCAGCCCACACUCCGGUGGCGGGCAAUGCUGGUGGAAGCUAUUUGACAAUGAGAAGCAAAGAAGGUGCCAUCUUCUUCGUCAUCAACAUCAUCGGUAACUUUGGCACUGUGUUCAUGGACAACGGUUACUACAACAAAGCCAUCGCUGCUAGUCCUGUUCAUGCACUACCCGGGUACAUCAUUGGAGGGCUCUCGUGGUUCGCCAUUCCCUGGCUGUGCGCAACAACAAUGGGUCUCGCCGCUCUAGCUCUACAAGGAAGCGAGUACUUCCCAACAUACCCAAAUCCAAUGGCCGACGCGGAUAUCAGCGCCGGUCUUGUCUUGCCCUACGCAGCCACUGCCAUCCUUGGAUCUGGAGGUGCCGUAGCAACGCUCUUGAUCGUCUUUAUGGCCGUCACUAGUGCCUUCUCCGCUCAGCUCAUUGCGGUAUCUUCCAUCUUGACAUACGACAUCUACAACACCUACAUCAACCCCAAGGCCAGCGGCAAGCGUCUCGUUUACACAUCUCACACAUGUGUUGCAGGCUUUGGACUCCUCAUGGCCGCGUUCUCCACUGGUCUGCACUACGCUGGCAUUAGCAUGGGAUACCUAUAUCUUCUGAUGGGCGUCAUAAUUUCGUCUGCCGUCCUUCCUGCAACGCUGACGCUGAUGUGGAAGGGCCAAAACUUCUGGGCGGCCACACUCAGCCCUGUCCUUGGACUCUGCUGCAGCAUCAUCGCCUGGCUCGUCACAACCGCCAAGCUCAACGACGGCGUCGUCAACGUCGAGACCUCUGGCGCCAACAACCCCAUGUUGGCAGGAAACGUGGUGGCGCUGCUGAGCCCAGCCAUCUUCAUCCCAGUCCUCACGCUGAUCUUCGGCGUCGCAGACUACGACUGGGUCAGCAUGAAGAACAUCCGUCUCAUCGAUGAUUCCGACGUCGCGGCCGCCGCACAUGUCGAUCCCGAAGCCCUGGUCGGCCGUCACACAGCGCUGAGCCCAGACGCCGAAGCAGCCGAGCAAGCGAAGCUCCUGCGCGCGUCCAAGAUUGCAAAAUUCACCACCGCAACCAUGACGCUUGUCCUCCUCGUCCUCUGGCCCAUGCCACUCUACGGCACCGGCUACAUCUUCAGCCCCGGUUUCUUCGCCGGCUGGGUCGUUGUCGGUAUCAUCUGGCUCAUGUGCUCGACGCUUGCCGUUGGCGUGUACCCGCUGUGGGAGGGCAGGAUGAGCCUCGCUAGGAACUUUGGCGGUAUGUGGCGCGAUGUCACUGGUAAAGGUCCCAAGCGACACGGUCAGCAUAUUGAGGUUGUUGAUGGUGAGAACACAGCAGAGAGCGGGGCGCAUACCCCGAAGGAGGCAGCGGCGGAUGAGAAGGCUAUGGAGGUGAAGUAA